GGCAGUUCUCCCCUUCUCUUCGGUGAGUAGCACCUCGCAUCAGGAGCGAGAAGAACAGAUUUUCAAAUGCGACAGAUCUUCGACAACCAAUCCUAUUAUGUGUGUGUGCUCUGAACAUGAGCAAAUGUUGGGAUGGGACUAGGCAAUGCAAAAGGGCAUACCGUGAAGAUGAAACUCAAGCCACCGCAAGCAAUAUGUUCCCGUACACCAGCAGCAUUCACACUCUCCUACCGCUGAUGACCUUCAUGCCUGCGGGCCUUUGGGUCUCACAGCAAUAAAGUCUUCGAAGGAGGGAGGGGAAGCAAAGACUGGGAGUAGGAGGCGGCGAGGCGCACAAUCUUUUGUGCCUAGGGCGCUUUGUGCCUAGGGCGCUUUGUGCCUCACAGUAAGAAAUUCUUAAAAGGAGUAGGUGGCCCACAAUGGAAUACCAUGGCGAUGAAACUUGAGCCCCAAGCACAUUAUGCUCCCUUUGACCACCAGCGUUGACCUUGUCUUACGACCCUGUCUUACACCUGCAGGCCUUCAUGCCUCACAGCAAGAAGUCUUAAAGGGAGGAAGGGGAGGAAAACUACGCGCUGAUCGGAAAAGAUCAAGGCGACCUGUUACUGGGGGUUUUAUCCGAACCAGGUCUCAAAGUUUAUGACACCGACGAUGACCUGGAAGAGGCUGAUGUGGGCAAGCAACGCAUGGAUGUGAUGUGGACUGCUAAAAAUUGUACUGCGGAUGAGAAUUCAGGCGCCGCGAGGGGGGUUCAGGAGAGGGGGCUGGGGCCCUGUUGGCGUGGCAACAACAAACAUUGGAGCUUGACGUGACAACCAUAAUAUGUGGAGCAGAAGCAGGGAUUGAAAGUGCUCCACGGAGUACGAGAGGAGCAGAGAGAGGAGGAGGGUGGGGUUGGACAGGGAAAAGGAAAGAAGAGGAUGGAGGGAGCGUCCAAAGGACUGCGAAAAUGCAAAAGGAGGCGGAUUCGAAGAAGGGAGCCGUCGUGGGGAAAGGAAAUGGAAGAGCACGAUCGGUAGUGGGGACAGAAAAAGACAGGAGCAGGAGGGUAGGAGGAGGAGCAGGAGAGAUGCCAGAUAUGGUAAGACGAGGAGGGAGAUGAAGGGGAGGAAGAGGAUGAGGAAGAGGAGGAAAGAGAUCGUCGGAGGAAGAGGAUGAGGAAGAGGAGGAAAAGAGACCGUCGGAGGAGGGAUCCCAGAGUAGUAAGAAGUGGAAGAGGAGGACGAGGAGCAGAAGCAGGAGAAGGAAGAGGGAGCAGAAACAGGAGGGGGAAGGGCAGAAGCAGGAGGAAGACGAGGAAGAGGAUCAGGAGCAGGAGGAGGAGGACGAGAGGAGAUCGGAAGAGAAAACAGGAGAUAGAAGGAGAAGAGGAAGUCCAACAACUGAGAAGGGAGGAUAGGAGCAAUAGGGAAAUUUGGAGGGAAGAAGACAAGGGAGGUGAAGUAGGAUAGAUCUAUUCACGUGGCAUACGUGCCCUGAUGGGAAAGGAAGCAUCGUUCUCACAAGCAGAGGCCCAUAGAACCCGCCAGCUCCCUCUCGUUGCUCUCAAUAUCCAUCAUUCACUCUAACACCUCUUGUUGGCGUAAUAGCACGUCGUAUGCGUAAUAAUGUUGCCGAUGUACUCAACCCCUGCAAACUUCCACGUAGCAUCUGAUUAAAGCAUGCUCCUGCUUGAGAACCUAACGACAAAGAGGUGGACAUCGACAGACACCAUUACUUCCACGCUGGCAGAUCCAUGUGGCAUUGGACACGUCACUGGAGAGAUGCACAUGACACACAACGAAACGCUGCCUUGAGACAAAAGUGGAUGGCAUGCUCACAGAGAUCACCCCACCAUCGGGAUCCACGUGGCUGAUUACUAGAUUCACUAGAUGCUGGCAGAUCUACACGGCAGAUUCAGAGAGCCCGGCCUCCAGCCUUCGUCUCAGGAAGACCGCCGCAGAAGUAACUCUGUGAAACUUUCUAUGCCCAACAGAAUGGACGGUCCAAGGAGAGAGAGAGAGAGAGAGAGAGAGAGAGAGAGAGAGAGAGAGAGAGAGAGAGAGAGAGAGAGAGAGAGAGAGAGAGAGAUCUUAUAUCUAGCCCUCCAGAACUAACCGACACAGGAAUAUAUAGCAGACAGGUCCUAGUGACAGAUUUCACGGAAGGUGGGGCACCUCCGUCCCACAAACAGCAUUAUACUGUCACCAAGCAAUAGCCUUUGUGUGAUCAAUCAAGUUGCCAGGUGACGGAAGAUCAAUGGCCAUGAGUGACUCAUGGCAUAUAGUACUAUCUUCUACCAAUCACACUGUCAAACACCCCUCCAUCUCCCUCCCUCUCCUCAGACAACCUCUCGAUCGAGCGAGCGACCGGUCGAUCGACUCUAUAUGACACUCGAUCAUCAUCCACCAGAAAGACACAGAACAGAACAAGAUAGAAGCAAGGACGUCGACCUGUGGUAUGAGCGACUUACAACCGAUAGUUAAUAGCUGGCGCCCCUCCGCAGCAUCAUCAGCACCAAGCGUUCCCCAUCAGCACCAAUCUGUCAUUAUCCCCUCCAAUGAUUGCCCUCUUCCUCAUCCUCAUCCUCAGUCAUGGCCGCCAGCAACCAUCUAACGUCUCUCGUUCCCCUCCCCCUCCCUCAUCUCGCUGUGCUAAAACUUUUUCACUUCUGUCCGUAGUCCGUUCCGAGAGAGAGAGAGAGAGAGAGAUCCCCUCCCCCUCCCUCAUCUCGCUGUGCUAAAAGUUUUUCACAUCUGUCCGUAGUCCGUUCAGAGAGAGACACAGAGAGAGAGAGAGAGAGAGAGAGAGAGAGAGAGGCUCAUCUGUCAAUCCUGGCCGUCGACAUCUUCCAACUCAUGGACGACGUCGCAAGUAUCGCUGCCAUCCACGUGGGCAAAAUCUAAUCUCCCCUCUCUGCUAGACGAAGAUACAAGAAACGCAAUCCAAAUCAGAAGUCUGAGUACCUGACCACAGUCAUUAACCCUAGUUACCAGAUCAGGUGUUAGCACACAGGGCACAUGGCGCCAGUCCAGACCGAUGACGAUCGCAAUCAAUGAGCCCCCUCUCGGUCGCAUAUUCACUUUCUGUAAUCAAAUACCUACGCGUGA